AUGCCACCAUCAGAGAAGGGAUUAAAUCAAAUCACUAGUAUUACUAGUGCCACCAGUUUCAGAGAGGUUGAAGAUCACGAAGUGAACUUAGCCGCCAUUGCCUCUAGAGUGAUAUCUAUUGGAGAAGUUGGUGUAACCUUAACUAGUGAGCAGAAACAUUUCAUUUUGAAGAGAUUGCACUAUGACGUCUUAGAAUCUUUGGACGAUCUUCCAGUUGGAGCAACUUUUAUGCUUGAAAAGAUUGAAAACUUGCUGGCCGAGGAAGCUUUGGAAAUCUUGAAGGAAAGUUAUGAAGAAUUUGAAGAUGACUUCAACUACCCAGAGGAAGAUUUGGAUUUGAUUAAAAGGUUAAUCAAUCAUACUCCUGGAAGUUUUGAAGAGCAUGUCAAAUCAAAAUUGGAUGAACAGUUGGACACCAAGGUUGUCGAAAAAGUACUGACUGAGUCCAUCGGUGUUAAUUCAAACGCAGAAGAUUCACUGUUAGAAGCUAACGCAGCUGAUUACUUAAAAAUCGUUGACUGGGAUUUGCAAGUGAGAUUAGAAGCUUCAAUCUUAGCUUAUCACUCACCUUAUCCUGAAAUCAGAUCUGUUACACUUCCUUACGAUGACCCCAGUAUUCCAGCAGAGACAUUCAGAGCAUACGUUAUUGGUGUAAUCUGGUUAGCAAUUGGUGCUUUUAUCAACCAAUUCUUCACUGAAAGACAACCUGCCAUUACUAUGUCGACGGCUGUUGCUCAACUUUUCCUUUACCCAAGUGGUUUCAUUUGGUACUCAAUUUUUCCUGAUGUCACUGUUCCUCUUGGGAAGUUCUCAUUUAGAUUGAACCCUGGUCCAUGGACAUAUAAAGAACAAAUGUUCGCAACUAUUAUCUAUGCUGUCGCUGAUGCAAGUCAGUAUGUCUCUUAUAACAUUUACUCUCAAAAGAUUUUCUAUGGUAACACCUGGGCCACUUGGGGGUAUCAGAUCUUAUUGUCGCUUUCCACUAAUUUCUUAGGUAUUGGUUUUGCUGGUAUUUUGAGAAGAUUCUCCAUAUAUCCAACUAAAUCAAUUUGGCCAACCAUUUUACCAACUCUUGCAUUAAAUCAGGCCUUACUUAACCCAAGUAAGAAAGAGAAUAUCAAUGGAUGGACAAUUUCAAGAUACUAUUUCUUUUUCACUGUGUUCGGGGCAUCAUUCCUUUGGUUCUGGGUUCCAGAUUACCUUUUCAACGCGUUAUCCUAUUUCAAUUGGAUGACUUGGAUUAAGCCAAUGAACUUCAAUCUUGCAAUGAUCACAGGAAGUUAUAUGGGACUUGGAUUCAAUCCAAUCACAACGUUCGAUUGGAAUAUUAUUUCCUUCAAUUAUCCUUUGAUCUAUCCAUGGUACUCACAAAUCAAUAACUAUCUUGGUAUGUUGCUUGCAUUCCCUAUCCUUUGCGCCAUUUACUGGACUAAUAGUAAAUGGUCAGCUUACCUUCCACUCAAUGACAAUGGUCUCUACAAUAACGUAGGUACCUCAUACGAUGUCAAUUCUGUUUUAGAUUCAAAAGGCUUACUUGACGUUGACAAAUAUGAAGAGUAUGGUCCACCAUUCUAUACCGCAGGAAAUUUACUUGUUUAUGGUGCAUUCUUUGCAAUUUAUCCAUUCUCUGUCGUUUAUGAGACUGCCAUAAGAUGGAAGGCACUUAAGCAAUCCUUCUUUGAUAUCAUUGCGACUCUUAAAGAUUUCAAAAAACCUGUCAUCGAUCAAUUCCACGAUCCACACUCUAGGAUGAUGUCUCGUUACCCAGAGGUCCCAGAAUGGUGUUUCCUUGUCAUAUUACUCAUUUCAAUCGUAUUAGCAAUCUUAUGUGUUGAAUUAUAUCCAACCGAAACACCAGUGUGGGCCAUUUUCUUUGCUAUUGGAAUCAAUUUUGUUUUUUUGAUCCCAUUGACUAUGCUUCUUAGUUCCACUGGUUGGGGUUUCGGGUUAAAUGUCUUAGUUGAAUUGAUUAUUGGGUAUGCUCUUCCAGGUAACUCACAAGCUUUGAUGAUCAUUAAAGCAUUCGGUUACAAUAUUGAUGGUCAAGCACAAAACUAUAUUUCAGAUCAAAAGAUGGCACACUAUGCUAAGAUCCCACCUCGUGCUGUUUUCAGAGGUCAAAUUCUUGCUAUUUUCGUAGGUGGUUUCAUUGGAUUGGCUGUUAUGAACUGGCAAUUUACUUCUAUUGUGGAUAUUUGCUCGGAAACACAAUCACAAGACUUCACAUGUCCAAACUCGAGAACUUUCUUUUCUGCAUCCGUUUUGUGGGGUACAAUCGGGCCAAAGAGAGUCUUUGGUGGAUUAUAUCCUCUAUUGAGAUACUGUUUCUUAAUUGGAUUCUUAUUGGUUUUCCCAGCUCUUGCACUCAAAUGGUAUGGCCCAAAGAAAUGGACAAGAUACUUCCAGCCAUCCAUUUUCAUUGGUGGAUUCUUAAACUAUGCCCCUUACAACUUGUCCUACUAUACUCCAGGUGUUUACGCAUCAUUUGCAUUUAUGUACUACAUUAAGAAGCACUACUUGACCUGGUGGGAGAAGUACAAUUUCGUUUUAUCUGGUGCAUUGGAUGCAGGUGUUGCAUUUAGUAGUAUUAUUAUCUUCUUUGCAGUAGAGUAUCAUGCCAAAAGUAUCGAUUGGUGGGGUAAUGAUGUGUCCUGGGUAGGUGUUGAUGGAGGUUAUGGUCAGCAAACUAUUCUUGAUGCCGCAAAUGCGCCAGAUGGAUAUUUCGGUCCAAGAAAGGGUAACUUCCCAUAA